UUUGGUUUUGAUAGAAUGGCGGAAUUUACCUUUAAAGUGAGGUUACGUUAUGCGUGAUAGAUAUCGGUCACACAUAUUUAAGCUUACUCAACAUAAGAAUCAAUGAGUUGUUCAUUAUUUCUUUUGCCGUUUCACAAAAAGAAUAAUGACCAGUGUUGUAUUAAAUAGAGAUAAAUCUAAAAAGCUGUCUACAAAAGAGGAGCUGUCUCUGUUAGACAAAGAGAAUUUGAUUGACAGAAUUCUGCAGCUUGAAGCUCAUAACUUCCAAUUAAAAAAAAUAAUCAGCAAAACUAACGAGGAUGGUCGGAAAAAAUCAUCGAGCGAGCAUAAAAGCAGAAAAAAUUUUGAUUUUUCAAAAAGUCAAAAAAGACAUAUUUUACUAAAGUUCUAUUACCUUGGCUGGGACUAUCAUGGUUUCGCUGUACAAGAAGAUACUACCAAUACGGUAGAGCAUUAUUUAUUUGAAGCAUUGAUAAAAAGUUGUUGCAUUCAGAACCGCGAGACAUCAAAUUAUCAUCGAUGUGGUCGCACGGAUAAGGGUGUCAGUGCAUUCUCCCAAGUUAUAUCGUUAGACAUUCGCAGUAGACUCUCACUUGAAAAUCAGAUUGACUUGCAAGCUGAAUUACCUUACUGCAAGAUAUUAAACAGGCUUUUGCCCAAGAAUAUACGUUGUAUAGCUUGGUCACCAGCAUCAGAUCAGUUUUCAGCAAGAUUUGACUGCAAACACAGAAUGUACAAAUACUUUUUCCCACGAGGGAAUCUUAAUAUUAAUACUAUGAACAAUGCUGUCAAAUACAUCAUGGGUCAUCACGAUUUUCGAAAUAUUUGCAAAAUGGAUGUGGCAAAUGGUGUUGUUAAUUUUAACAGAUCAAUUCUUCAUGCAGAAGUUAGUGUAUACAGAAGGGAUCCUGAUCAAAAUGAGGGAUAUGAUAUGUGUCAACUUAUUAUUACGAGUCAAGCAUUUUUGUGGCAUCAGAUUCGAUGCAUUAUGGGUGUGUUGUUACUUGUUGGCCAAGGAAAUGAGAAGCCUGAAGUAAUGCUGGAAUUAUUGGAUGUUGAAAAAUACCCAUGUAAACCGCAAUACAAUUUAGCUCAUGAAAUUCCAUUGAAUCUAUUUCACUGUGAGUACGAGGAGAGUGAAUGGUUUAUCGAUAAUAAAGAAUUAAUGGAAGUUAUAAAGACGCUGCAACAAGACUGGGCACUUAAUACUAUUAAAUCGACAAUGAUUCGAAAUAUGCUUAUGGAGCUGGAAUCUAAACUAGAGAAUGAUGUCGAUACGAAAUUCCAAAAUUAUUGUUUACUGCAAGGUGUACAAUCAAAAGUAUACCAACCACUAAUGAAACGAAUGACAUGUGUCUGGAAAAUAGAAUAGAACAUUACAUUAAGAAACGUCGACUGAAUUUAAAGCAAGAAGAGACUACGAAAGAAACUAAAUUAUAAAAUAUUAAUAAAUAUAAGAAAUGCUUAUAUUUAUUAAGUACAUUUUUGUAUUCAUUAAU